AUGGCGCCGUCGAACCAAUUCGGAAAGCGCGUCAAGCUGACGCAGAUCCGACGACCGUUUGUCGUUGGCAGCACGGCGCUUCCCUUUUCAGAUUCGAAUCCACGACCGCCCGGGGCGCCUGACAAUCACACGCACUCAUGGCAGGUUUUUGUACGGGGCAUGGAGGAUACAGACAUCACGUAUUGGUUGCGACGUGUACAGUUUAAGCUACACGAGUCUAUUCCAAACUACGUUCGGAUGGUCGAAGGAGAGCCCGGCAAGCCGUUCGUCGUCAACGAAACAGGAUGGGGAGAGUUCGAUAUCACGAUAAAGCUGUACUACGUCAAUGACUCGGGAGAGAAACCGCAGACGCUGUAUCAUUAUCUGCGCCUCCACCCCUACGGUAGAACCGAGGAGGAGAAGCAGUCCAUGCUGGCGUCAAACGGCGAGGUCCGGGCUUGGAGUUAUGAAGAGCAGCUGUUCAACGAGCCUUACGAAGCGUUUUACCAGAUUCUGACUUCUGGCGCCGUGCCCAAGGGAUGGAAGCCGGCCGGUGGAAGUGGCAAGGGAAAGGGCAAGGGAAAGAACCGCGCGCCGCCGCCACUCCCCGCGCCGGACAGUGGAGAUCCGUUUAGUCGGGAGACGGAGGCCGCGGAGAUUAAGAAGCUCUCGGACGCUCAGCAAAAGACGGAACAGAUGACCAAGCAGCUCCUCGCCGAGCUGAAGAAGAAGGAAGAGCAACUAGCUCAACUAAAAACCGAGAACGCAGCAGCAGUGGCGAAGACUUCAUAG